GGCGUUGGAAUGGCCGAAAUAUAUUCGCAGAUUUGCUGGCUUUGGGUUUGGAAAGCACACUUGCCCGUUUCCACGUGUCCAAGUUUUCAUGGCCACGUACUUGCGUCAUCGGCGUCUCAAUCUUUCGUACCGUUGUCUUCAAGCUUGACAACGCCAAGUUGUGAAUGAAUGAAAGAGCUUCAUGGCAUCCAACAUCAACUCAAUCUGGACAGUCGGCAGAUGCAACUGGCGAUCUGUUCGAUCAAUGGAUGUUUGGUGUGGCCUUUGCUUGAGUUGAUAGACCAUCAUUCCGGCCAUCAGCGAGAGUGUACCGUACACUACCGAAGAUACCCUUGACACCCUCCAUGCAACUAACUGAUUAUCCCGUCAAGACCGUUCUACAGUAGGAUAACACACAGUAGAGCACCAUGAGACAAUCACAAGUGGCAUCUGUAUUGGCUAUUGGGCAGCUCCUGCUAGCUGCUCUCUUUCUACUGCCAAACCACGGGGUACUGGGGUUCACUCAUCCUUCCACUCCAAUACGGAGACAUGGUUCUGCCGUCAGGAGCAGAGCUGGCCGAUAUAGAGCUGUCAAAGACGGAAACAACGAUGGAGACGACAAUGGCAACUCAUUGGAGGAUAUGAACACUUCUUGGGAUGACAACGAGUCAUCAAAGCAACCAAAAGAGGAAGGCUUUUUGGCUUCCAUCCAAAACUGGAUUCGAUCCGAAGAAGGCAGGGAUGACAUACAGACCUACUUUGUCAGCCUUGCCAUUGCGCUACUCUUACGGUUCACCAUCAUCGAACCACGCUAUAUCCCCAGUCUUUCCAUGUACCCCACCUUUGAGGUUGGUGACCAAUUAGCAGUGGAGAAAGUUACCAAACGGCUGAAACCAUUCUACCGAAAUGAGGUGGUGGUUUUCAAUCCACCCCAAGCCUUUCGAGAUCUCAUUGGCGACUCUCGUAGAGGCAAAGAAGCGCUGAUAAAGCGAAUUGUAGCUGUAGAGGGUGACCGAGUCGAGGUCAAGAACGGAAAACUGUUUGUUAACGGUGAACAAGCAGAGGAACCGUUCACAGCUGAGGAUGCAAGGUACCAGUUCGGUCCAGUGACGGUACCACCGGACAGUGUCUUGGUAUUAGGUGACAACCGAAACCAAAGUUUGGAUGGACACAUUUGGGGAUUUCUUCCAAAGGAAAAUGUGAUUGGACGUGCCGUCUUUGUCUAUUGGCCUCCAUGGAGACUCGGAAAUGAUGGAAUGUAUUAGAGAGGCAAGCGCAAACAGUAUAAAGCAAGCAAGCAAGCAAACAUGACAUAAUGUAAAUUGGCUUUUAAAUCUAAGGAAAGUUACAUAUG